ACAGCGCGUACCCUUAAAAUUGGGACAAAGAAAUCCGCAUCUGUAAUUGGGAACAAUGGGAACUUGGUUUCUUCGACUUUUUGUCGCCUCUUUUCACGCAAUAAGAACUGGGAUUUCCCUCUUUAACUCAUAUCAAAAAUAAUUUACGUCAAAGUAUACUUCGCCACUGCGUCAUCACUGUUAUCAGAAUGUUCCACAAAUCAAAUGCUUUAAGAUGGAGCAUGCAAUAAACUUUGCUCACAGCCUCACAGUAUGCUAUCGUUUGAUCGUGCAUGAUAUGGCGAUCCUUUGCAGAGCUCUUUAAAGCACAUUUCAUUUCGGCAGCAUAUUAUAAUUACGUGCACAGCCAACUAAGCGAUAUACCAAAGCAAUCGACAGCUCAAAUAUGCUCUUCAGGUAAUAUAGUGUAUUAUCAAAAAAAAGGAAGAAAAAAAAAGAGAAAGAUGAAGUAUAAAUACGGGAUGUCACUGCUUCUACUUUUGGAAGUAUUUCUGGCAGGCGUCGCUUCAGGACAGAAGAAUACCAUCAACCUGAAAGACGGGGGCUAUUCGAAUCUUCUCAUCGCAAUCGAUCCUCAAGUGGAAGAGAAUCCGACCAUCAUCGAAAAUCUCAAAACUAUGUUUACAUCUGCAUCCCAGCGUCUCUACCAGGCCAGUAAGCAGCACGUCUACUGGGAACACAUCAAGAUCCUCGUUCCAAACACCUGGUCCAUCCAGUCCCAGUACCAGUCCGCAAGAACUGAGACCCUACAGUCCGCCAACAUCAUCGUCCACGAGUUUGAGGAUGACGAGCCAUUCGUGGAUAACCUAGCAGGUUGCGGGAAGGAAGGGAGCCUGAUGCAUAUGACAUCGAAGUACAUCAUUGAUGAAGAGUAUAGAGAAGACAAGUUUGGCAACACAGAUCGCGUCCUUGUCCGUACCUGGGGAUACUACCGAUGGGGGUUGUUCAAGGAACACUAUGACGGCAAAGGGGGAGGUGCUCCUGUCUACGAUUCGCCAAACAGUGGCACAGAAGGAACCCGUUGCUCGCUCAAGAUCAAGGGAAACCUUGAGAUGCCAGACCGCAAGCCUUGUCAGAGCAGCCCUAGCAAUGCUAAUUCUGGUUAUCAUCCCGACUGCCGCUUCGUUCCCGAGACUCAAAGACAGACAGCUACAGCAUCGUUGUUGUUUGCACCGAGAGGUGCUCACAUACAUUCGGUCGAGGAGUUCUGUGAGGAGGAUUCUCUCCCGGAUAGCGUACACAAUCCGCUAGCUGUAAACAUCAUGAACAUCAAUUGCGGUGGCGACAGUGCAUGGAAGGUCAUGCUAGACAGAACAACAGACUUCCGGGAUGGUGAAUCAUUAAUAUCUAACACCACACCCAAGUUUGAGGUCCUUCAGGUCUCUUUGGUCAGAAGUGUCGUCCUUGUGCUUGACAUCAGUGGUAGUAUGGCAGGGAAUCGAUUUGCUCGAAUGAUUCAAUCAUCUAUUCAUUACAUUAUGAAUAUAAUUCCGGAAAACAGCAAACUCGGAAUCGUUAGUUUCUCAACUUUUGCGUCAGUAAGAGCCUCUCUUACGGAUAUCACCGAUACGGCUUCGCGAGAAGGACUCGUCAACAAAUUACCUACAGGAACAACUGGUAGCACCUGCAUUGGAUGCGGGAUAUUAGAAGGCAUUGAGGUACUUGGAUCUUAUGCAGAGGGUGGAUACCUCUUACUCCUCAGUGAUGGUGGUGAGAAUGUAUAUCCGUACAUCGAAGACACGUACGAUGAAAUUGAAGAAGCAGGUGUCAUCAUUGACACCAUCACCAUAAGCAACGCAGCCGAUCCGAAAAUGGAGGAUCUGUCCACAAGGACAUCAGGAUUAUCAAGCUUCUGCUCGGAUACUGGAACUGGAACGUGUCUGCAGCAAGCGUUCCAGAGAACAAUUGCAGAGAGGCCCGACAUUGGCACGGAAACAGUCCCAACACAGAUAUACGUUGACGAUCUCCUCAUCAAGCCCAUUCCCGGUAUCUACAGUAUACCCGUGGUCAUCGAUGAGGGCCUCGGCAAUGAUACGGUCGUCACAGUGGCAUGGACGCAGAGCGUUAAUCUGUUACAUGUCAUACUCACUGGCCCAAACGGUACUACGAUCGACCAUAAUUAUCCUGGUUAUCAUCACGAUAACGCCAAUGAUCUCAUCUCCAUAAACAUUCCUUUUGCCCAGGCUGGUUCGUGGAAUCUAACCAUAAAAUCCAUACAACUUGAGGAUCAUGCUAGCAUUUCUGUAACUUCUAAACCGACGACUCUAUACUAUUCACCAAUCGCAGUAAGAGCAUUGUUAGGAUCACCUGAGGUAAAUUUCACCCUGAAUCCGUCCGUGGCUAUAUAUGCACUGGUACAAAAGGACUAUCUACCCGUUCUCGAUGCUGACGUCACGGCUAUUAUUUCGGACUCGUCCUUAACGACCACAAUGAAGCUACUUGAUAACGGAGCAGGAUCUGACUUAUCCAAGGAUGACGGUACAUAUUCGGGAUAUUUUCUAGACUUCACCUCUAAUGGCAGAUACAACGUCAAGAUCGAUGCCCUUGGAUAUAGUUCCAUCGUGGAAUCUCCAUACAUUUCAAGAAGUAAAAGGGCGGCCGAGUUCGAAGAAUUGGAGGCAGCAACUGCUCCUUCCUUCAUGCGUACAGCAUCGGGAGGUGUCUUCAAAGUCGAAGGCUACACACCAAACGCUACGGACAUCCUGCCACCUUCCCGUAUCCAGGACCUGGUGUAUACCUCAUUCUCAUAUGAUGACAGCUCAGUGACACUCAACUGGACUGCUGUAGGAGAUGACCUAGACCAGGGAACGGCGUUCAAUUACGAAUUCCGCUAUUCAACGAACUACUCCUAUGUCAGAACGAACUUCAGCAAUUGCGUUGAGAUCACACAGGAUGAGCUCGUCUACGGGAACCUCUCUAACAUCAACCCAUCAGGGGUUACUGAAACCAUCACCGUUACCCUUCCUGAAAGAGGACAAGAUAUUGUCUACUACUUCGCAAUUAGGGCUGGGGACGAGGCCGGGAAUGUAGGGGAGUUGUCCAACAUAGCCUCCUUGUCGAUCCGGUAUAUACCGGUUAGCAAGGAUCCAACCAAACCGGAUAACCUCGGUAUCAUAAUUGGGGUCUCCUGUGGAGUCGGUGCUUUGAUCAUUUUAGGAGCUGUAUUGAUUUUUGUUUAUCACCGGAAGACAAGCAAGGCACAGGAUGGACAAGCGAAAUCAGAAGAAGGGCUACCAAAUAAAAGUGCAACGGACGACGAUCCAAGCAUUGAUAAUCCUACUUAUUCUACAUAUUAAUUUGCGAUUAGUACUUGAGAAAAAAUGGGUUAUCAAGAAAUGACUUUCGUAAACACCGUUUUGGAGCAUUUAGUUUUAAUAUCUCUCUCGGUGGCUAAUGCAGGACUGUUACGACAUAUGCUCCUGUUGUAAUAUAUUAGAGGGCAUGGGAUUAAAGUUAGAAUUGUUAAAAAUAUUUUGCUUUAAAAAAUUUAAAGAUAAGGUUAAGGGUUUAUUUAUUUUUGGAGGUUAUGUUUAGGUUCGGUGUCAGGAAAGAAAUUUAAUAUAAUUAUAAUGUUUCAAUUGAGUUCAAACAUGUGUUUAAAAUAUUUACUUGGUCCAGGUUAUGGUAGGCCUAUAGACAAUUGUAUAUAUGUACAUAUGUUUUGAAUGUUUCAAAAGCAAGCGUUGGAAACGUUUGAUACCCCCCCCCCCCCCCUAGAGUACAAGAUCAGGUGGAUGCCAUAUUUUGUUCAAGUGUUAGAAAUAUUUCGUUCUAGCUAAGCAUCUUCAUACAGGUGUCAUAAAUAGUUAAUACUGUGCUUUAGCAUUGAUGAAUAUAGGUGUACAGAUACACAGGAAGUGUCUUUUAUUAAUAAGAAUGUGUUGCUUUAUGCACCCAUCUGCUAUUGAAAUUAUUUGGAUUACUUUAUAUAAAUUUUUCAGUUAGUCCUAGUAACGGUAGGGUAUAUUAGGAGGUUAAUUUCAGUAAUUCAGGGAGAACCACCUAAGCUAGAAUAGACUACAGAUGUUACUAUAGGCAGUCGAAGUUAGAACUGAGGGACUACGUCGGUGACGAGAUAACGACCUCAGCUGCAGCCGGUUCUCCACCGACAUGAUUCGUCAAAUCUCAUGUCAUUAUUGGGGGCUCGAUCUCGUCCACUAAUUCGUUGAAGCCACAUCUCUGAUCUGGGGGUUACUCAUCGAGGGGCAACACAGUCUGCGGAGGCCGAGGCCGAGUGGAAGAGACAUCGCUAGCUGCGGAGGCCAGGAACUGGACCGACCACCAGGGCCAAGUGGGGCAUGUCAGGCCAGAUGAGAUGAUGGGGGCUCACAUCAACUAUAAUCAUUAAGUUAAGUUAUGUUUUGUUAUCCAUAUCCAUGUAUAUUUUCAUGUGAAUCAUUGUAAAAUAAAUCAAAGGAGACCACAGAAUGAUUUAAGAGCUUUAAUUAAAUAUUUUACUAACUGUAAUCCUCAGUUUUACGUAUUCCUUAUUUGGCGUCAAGCAGCAGUAGAUAAAUAAUAAAAAAAGUCACUUCCCACGUGACAUUCGGCUAAACGUGCAGAUUUUCCAUUUGGAGAAAUUGUCGCCAGAACUGAUACAGCGGCGGUUCCAUGACAUUUGCUCCGGCGACAAUUGCUCCGCUCUAAAUUCCACACACUAACAGGGACCUGGGAAGCGGGGGUGCUGGGGGUGCUGAAGCACCCCUAGAAAUUUUCCUGGGGGUGCUGCGUGUAUUAUUUUCCAUAGGCAGCACCCCCACGAAAUCAGGUUCCCUUUGUAUUUUUUUUAUAUAUGUUAUAAUGGACACAAUUAUCACAUCCGACAAUCGCAAAUCAUUUACAUAGUCUUUCACAUAUUCGUUGAUAAAUGACAGAAAUGUAAUGAAAAUGAACGACGUUUUGUAGAACCCCUAAUUCAGAAUUUUAAAAUAGUGUUUAAAUUCACCCUUUUUGAGAUCGGAAUAUCAAAUAUUUUCUGCUCGCGCUUCGCGCUCACAUUUUUGAUUUUUAUAAUAAAAAAAUAUUUACAAUGCCCAGAUACUAGGUCUAACUCUAAACACGCGCACGCAUGUUUAUUCAGAUACGCAGCUUGUUUUGGGGCUACUCCGGGCUGAAAAUAUUUAUAUCAAAUACAAUUUUAUGAAAAUCUGAUAACAAAUAGUUAAGUUAUUUGAUUCUAAAGUUUAGCAAUAUUUUAUGAAAAUGGUGAUAUGCAUGUCGACAUGAAUAUUUAAUAGGUGGGUUGACAUGUGCGGAAAUCUGUCCCCAAAGGUAGGGGGACCAGGGCCUGGAAAAUUUGACAAGCAC